AUGCACCUUGUCAAGUGGGAUCUUAUCUCCAGGAGUAAGGAGGAUGGAGGUCUGGGGGUGAAGAAAAUGAUGCAACAGAACUUGGCUCUGCUGGCCAAGUGGUGGUGGAGGUUUCAUGAGGAUAAGGACUCUCUGGGUGAAUGUUAUAAAAGGAAAAUACAAAUUGGGUCAUGGAACUUGGCUACCACAACUACCGGAAACAGGAGAACAUUACGCCCUCGAGAGGAAGACGAAAGGAAGGAAUUAAUCCAGAGCCUCCAAAAUGUGUCGUUGGACCCUUCAAGACCAGAUUAUUUGUAUUGGAAGUGGAAGGACAGUAGGCGGUUUUCAGUGAAAUCCGCUUAUGACCAAUGGGAACGGCAGUGCUUUUCAAGAGACCCCGUUCUUGGGUCGGUUUGGAGGAGUCUCAGCCCUCCUAAAGUGGAGAUAUUCUCAUGGUUGGCAAUUCAAAGUAGGGUGGCUACAAGAUCAAUGCUUCACAACCGAAAUCUGAUUUUGGAUCCUCGCCUAGUACGCUGUCCUUUCUCCUCUAAGCAAGAUGAAACUCCCCAACAUUUGUUUCUGUUUUGUAAUGUCACUUGGAGUGUAUGGUCAAUUAUUACGGAAUGGUGGCAUACGAAUUGGGUAUGCCCGUCUUCUUUGGCAGACCUUGCUGUCUGGUGGUUUGACAACGGGUUUUGUAACUUAGAGAAGCACAUUUGGGAAGCUUGUUUCUUUGCUACCAUUUGGUCUUUAUGGCUAGCAAGGAAUAAGUUAGUUUUGAACAAUGUUGAGCCAGUGAUUAGGGAGGUUGGGGAUAUUAUUAAAACUAAAGUGGCAAUGUAG